CCGUACAGUUGGAAAUGUGACAAGGAAAUGUUUUUUUAUUAUCCAGGCAGUGUGUAUGAAUUGACCUGUUGGAGGCAUGCAGCUCUAUUGAAGUGAAUGAUCAAACUAAUGGAGUUCAUUAUCUGACCCAAAUGAAUAUAGGACCCGCCCACCGCUGAGCUAUAUGCGCCAAGGGCUUUCAUCCAAUGAAUGUAAGUCUAAUACGACACUAUGUGGCGUCCCUCAAAUCCAUAUCCACGAGUCUUGAGUCUGUCUUCUCACUUUAGCUUCCAUGAUUUAUGAACACGUCUGGAUCGAUGGAUUACACGUCAGUUUGUCAAAGUAGGGACGUUUAACAAUAUUUUGUUUUUGGCUCUACAAUGUCUUUCUAAAUUACUUUGCUACUGAUAGAGAUCACUAAAGGACUUCUGAGGAGGUUAAAGUACCUCAUCUGUUGGACUGAACCGGUAACAUCACGGACAAUGUUUUCGGCAACAGGAAAGCGUUGUUUUACUAUUGAAUCUUUGGUGGCGAAGGAAAGCCCCUUAACACCAGAAGACCCAAUUCGCCCUACCGCCCUAAGCUACACAGCACCCGCUGACAGUUUUCUGAACGGCUAUCAAAACCCCGCAGGCCGCGCGCUCUACCCAAACCCCGAACUGGUGUUUUCGGAGACUGUGAACCAUGCACCUCUGAGCAUGCAUCCACAUCAGCUCGGCAGCACGCACCUUCAGCACCCUCACUUCUUUGGCACGCAGCAUCGUGAACCACUCAAUUUCUACCCAUGGGUUAUAAGGAACAGAUUUUUUGGCCAUCGGUUUCAAGGUAACGACGUCUCACAGGACACGUUGUUACUGCAUGGACCUUUCGCCAGGAAGCCGAAGCGGAUCCGCACCGCGUUCUCGCCCUCUCAGCUGCUGCGUCUGGAGAGAGCUUUCGAGAAAAACCAUUAUGUUGUCGGAGCAGAACGGAAACAGCUCGCCAACAGCCUCAGUCUAUCUGAGACUCAGGUAAAGGUGUGGUUCCAGAACCGAAGGACCAAAUAUAAGCGACAGAAGCUGGAAGAAGAAGGUCCAGAGUCCACACAGAAGAAGAAGGGAAACCAUCAUAUUAACCGCUGGAGGAUCGCCACCAAACAGAAUGGAUCUGAGGACAUAGAUGUGAUGUCCGAUGCCUGAAACUAACAUAGACACUGUCCAAAUGAACAUACAAGACCAAGAAAAGCACUAUUUAUUUAAUGUGAUUAGCCAUGCUAUGUCAGAUUGUAAACCUAACUGCAGAGGACCUGACCACGUGGUGUGUAUGUGUGUAAUUUACUUUAAGGACUGUACACCAUAGUUCAUUAAAAUACCUCUGCUGCAAUGAAUCAAAUGUUUCCUGUCACAGAAUAUCAGCUAUUAUGUUUUUUGUCUCUACUUUUGAAAAAGAAAUUGUACUUGAAAUCUAAAAAGUUAUAGGUGAAUUUUAACAGAUGCUGAUCAGAAGUCAGUAUUUUUUAACUAUUAUUAAUUUUGCAUAGUUAAUUGGUAAAUAUUUUUGUGAUUUAAUGGGUUUUAAUGUAUCCUGAAUUGAUAUUGAAAAUGUGUAGAUUUUCAAACUAAGACAUCCAAAUGACAUUCAGGAGUUAUUAAAAUGAUUAAAACUGCUAGCCUAAAAUGUAAAUGAUGUAAGGAAGGUUUACCUGCCAGUUUUAACAUGAGCCAUCCACACACCGCAGAAAGUGUGUAGGCUUUGUGUAAAUAAUGAUGUCUGUUUCUAAAGGAGUAGGAAAUUGUGUUAGAGACUGGUGCUGUAAAUCCAGUGUUUGAACAUAACGGAGUGUGCACUGUCAUUUAGGCCUACUUGUAAAUACAGGUUGAUAGGUGCAUGAACUAAGAUGAAUGUUUACCAAUUAACUCAUUAGUUUCUUUGUAGUGUUCAUUCACUGAAAUACAUUUUAUAUAAAAAAUACAAAAAUUUCCAUGAUUAAUAAAGAUGUUUCAGAGGCAACGCACACCUUAUUGUUAAUGAAAUGAGAAAAAAUACUGUCCAUUACUUUAUCAUCUAGGUAAAAAAACAAUUUACCCUUUUAAAAUGUUUGUGCACACGCAUUCCCAGAUAAAAAAAGACAAUGCCUGCAGGCAAUUCUCUCAUCUCACCUUGCUAACUUCCUGUCAAAAGAAACAGAGGCAGAUUGUGUUAAACGAAGCCAUGGGUGACCACUGACCUUAAGAUUUGACCCCGAGCCUGCAGUGUGAACAAGGGUUGUGAGAGUGAAACGCGCAAAGUGAUGACACCCGGGUAUCACUGUCAAGUACGACAAGAGUGUAUUCAGACAAAGGUUGUUUUGGUGCGUUUGUUUUG